AUGUUGAAUGGACCGACCUUCCGCGACCACGACCCGAUGCGACUCGUCGACCCGAGGCACCUUCCGCAACUGAUGUCCCUUGAGGACCAUGAGCCCACCAUGGUGGUAGGGACCCUGUGGCCCCGCAACUCCACGCCGGCAGAGGAGGAGGAGGGGGCUCCGGGUCAGCAGCACCAGUCCUUUCCCUGGGUGGUGACCCUGCUGGCCGGCGUCCUGAUCACGACCAUCGUGGUGGAUGUUAUCGGGAACCUGCUGGUCAUCGUGUCCGUGUUCAGGAACAGGAAACUCAGGAAAGCAGGAAACGCCUUCGUGGUGAGCCUGGCUCUUGCUGACUUGGUGGUCGCCAUCUAUCCAUACCCGCUGGUGCUGACCGCCAUUUUCCACGACGGCUGGAUUGCCGGCUACAUCCACUGUCAGAUCAGCGGCUUCCUCAUGGGCCUCAGCGUCAUUGGCUCCAUCUUCAACAUCACCGGCAUCGCCAUCAACCGCUACUGCUACAUCUGCCACAGCCUUAAGUACGACAAAGUGUUCUCCAACAGCAACACCAUGUGCUACGUCGUGCUCGUCUGGGCCCUCACCAUCCUCGCCAUCGUGCCCAACUGGUUUGUGGAGUCACUGCAGUACGACCCACGGGUGUACUCCUGCACCUUCGCCCAGUCGGUCAGCUCGCUGUACACCAUCACGGUGGUGGUGGUGCACUUCAUCCUGCCGAUCGGCAUCGUCACCUACUGUUACCUGCGUAUCUGGAUCCUUGUCAUCCAGGUGAGGCGAAGGGUCAAGCCGGACUCGCGGCCAAAGAUCAAACCACACGACCUCCGCAACUUCCUCACCAUGUUCGUGGUGUUCGUACUCUUCGCCGUCUGCUGGGCGCCACUGAACCUGAUCGGCCUGGCCGUGGCGCUGGACUCCAGGCUAACCCGGGCGAUACCUGAGUGGCUGUUCACAGCCAGCUACUUCAUGGCGUACUUCAACAGCUGCCUCAACGCCGUCGUCUACGGUGUCCUGAACCACAACUUCAGGAAGGAGUACAAGAGGAUCGUCCUGAUCAUCUUCAAGCUUCACUGCUGAGACAAUACACUGAGCUGAGGGGGAGGCAAAGGGUGGGCGUAAUUUUAACUUAUGUGACAAGAAAAGGCUUUUAAAAAGCAACUAAUGAAAAAAAGAGGAACUCAACCAUGACAAAGAGGUGAAAACAGAACUAAUGAAAGGAAAUAUUCAUCUCGUUAUACAACCCUGUGUUGUAAAAUGAUAAAUAAAUCUACCUUGUACUUUGGAAAGAAAACAAAUAAUAGUAUUGUAGAAGGAAGAAAGAAAAAUGCUUUGUAUGAGAGAGAAAAAAAUAAAGAGCUUUAAUAGCUGGAGGCUGAGAGAGGUGGAGGGUAGAGAUGAAGUGAAAUAAAUGAUGCCACACAGAGUUAUCAGUGAUGCCUUCAGGGAAAUUGAGAGACUUAAAAAAUACAGAGAGGGAGGGAGAGACCAGAGUUUGGGAGUAACUUAGUAAUGUGUUUUAUCAUGGCUUUCUUUGGUAUUUCAUGAAUUACUGUUUGAAAAUAAAAAUAAGUUGUUACUUAGGUUUUUACCAACUUCAUACUCAAUUUGAAGUUGCAUAGUUCUUAGUGAUCAUCUCCUUCCCCCUGAUUCAUUUGACGCAUACAAUCAUCCAUGAACUAUUUUCAAGACAGAAAUCCAAUAAUAUCCAAAACUGUGAUUUUCUUAAAGCUGUCUCUGUUUCCUGAUUGUUCACAGAAUUAAAUUUGACUAACGCUGCUCAGAAUGAAGAGAGUAUUUUUAAAAAAAAAAAGGAAUUUAUUGAACAGAAAUACAAAUUGGUGCUUUUUGGGAAUAUUAAGUGGUGUUAUAUACUUUUAAAUUAAGGUGCUACAUGCACAAUUUCAAAUAUCAAGAACAUGAACUGUGAUAGAGGCUGACAUUCUUCUUGGCUUUAGUUUUGUUUGUUUACGGAAAUCAUUUUGACGUUUUAAAUUUGAAAUGAAUGAUUCUUUGGAGGAACAAGCCAAACUCUAACUGGGACAAAGAAAGGAAAAUGCGAGAGGAUGGAUGGAGGGGCAAGACAGA